GAACUGAUUGAUUACGAGAAAGAGAAUUUGACGUAAACAAAAACUCAAAACGUAAAGUUUGAUUUUAAUUCACUCGGAGAGGUAAUGGGAAAUACUUGAUAGUUAUUGCAGCCAGUUUGCAUUAAUGUAUAUACCCGGUUAUGCAGCAUCUGUGACGUUUUUGAACCAAAUUUAGUUCUUUUUUAGAUUGGAUUAGACUAUGUUGUAACAUAAGGUGCUUUUUAGAGAGAACAUCAACGCACAGCAAAUUAACAGACAGACAUGACUCAGUACGGAGAUGAAGAUUUGAAAACUGUCUUGCUAGGAUCAAUUCCAAAACAAGAAGACCUUUAUUGCCUAAUAGGGAUAUUACGUUCAUCACCAAAAAACAAAACAAAUUUGUCCAAUAAGGCCUACCAGAAUCAGAUAUUUAAGUGCAGAUGCCUGAUCUUUUCGGAGGUCGAAGUAAUUGCCUCCCCAGUGCUUGGAGCAGUACACAAGAUACAUAUCAUUGUCAGUCGGCAAUUCUAUCGCUCAGGAAAACUGCAACACCAUCUGGACAAAUUAAACAUUAUGGCUCAGGAGCCACUGCCUGUUGACAACGUUGUGUAUGAGCUCUGUCUCCGUUACACUGUUACUGGCUCGCUUGGCUCCACUCUGGAAUCAAGUAGAGAGGUACCUUGUCCACGGCAGAGACUUCCUCACCUCUUCUGCUCCUCUUGA